AUGCAGCUGCUACUAAAUUUACUACUACUUACUACACUAUUCCAGUUACGUGCUUGUUUGCAUGCUUCCAGCGAAGCUCCGGAGGUUACGUUACCUAAACUGGGAUCCCUUCGAGGUUCAACCACGGUAAGCGCUUUUAGCAGAAGAACAAUUCUGCAGUUUCUGAGCAUCCGGUAUGGUGAAACAACGGCCGGGGAGUUUCGUUUCAAGGCGCCUCGAAAGGCACUUCCUUGGUCGGGAUUUCGGAAUGUAUCGCAGUUUGGAACACCAUGUCCGCAGCAGAUGAUGUUAUUGCUCUUUCCGAAAAAGCAGUUCGUUUCAGAUGUGGAGGAUUGUUUAACUCUUUCAGUGUACACUGGUGAUCUAUCAGCUAAAACUCCAGUCAUGGUAUUCUUGCAAGGCCGAACCACUGGAGGAUCCAGCUCAAAACAAACCCCCGAGUUCUUGUUGGAGAAGAACAUCGUCCUCGUGGUGGUUCAGUAUCGGUUCGGUCCAUUUGGAUUCUUGUCUUUGAAAACUGAAACGAUGCCCGGGAAUGUUGGUCUUCUAGAUAUCAAACUGGCUCUCGAAUGGAUUCGAGAUAACAUAGCUGAGUUUGGUGGUGAUUGCGAAAAUGUGACCCUAUUCGGUCAAUCUGCUGGAGCGGCUGCCAUUUCGGCUCUGAUGUACAGUCCGCAAAUCCCGGACAAUUUAUUUCACAAGGUCAUUCUACAGUCUGGUGCAUCUAGUUCUCCCUGGGUGUGGGAUAAGGAUCCAGUUGGAAAUGCGUUGAAAAUUGCCGUCUCUGCGGGUUGCAGUGAUCGUUCAGAGCAGAGUGAGGAGGUUAGUGAGAACCUCCGAAAGAUUGAACAUUGUCUCCGUGAGAUGGACGUUUGGCAUCUGAUGAGAAGUUUUAUCGAUCAUAAGAUGCAAACCACUAGAGCCAAAGGUCUAUCGGAAGUCGGCGGAAAUCGAUUCAUAGUGGGGGAUUUUCAUGGAUUCCUACCGCGAACUCCGUGGGAUCAGAUUCGGGGAGGAAACAUUCGACGAAAUCUUCCAAUGAUGGCGGGAGUCGUGAAACACGAGGGAACGUUUCUGCUGACAACAAUAUAUGAUAGUUUGAAGAGCCCUGGUUUGCUGGAUAGUUCAAACUUUAUAAAAAUUGGAUUGCUGGACAGAGUCAACCGAAUUUUGGGAAUAGACGAUCCAACGGGUACUUUGCUCGGAUACCAAAUUAGAUCGUUGUUCAGCUCGGCCCAGGUGGAUAAUGGAACUUUUGAAGUACUGGUGGAUGGACUGAUUGAUCUCAUCGGCACAGCACUCAUAAAGGCCCCAGUUUUUCGGGAAGUUCAGGUCAAUGGACUAGUAAAUCCCAAUCGAACAUUUCUGUAUUCAUUUGACUAUCGAGGGAAGCAGACUCGCUUCGGAUAUGGUGCGGAUACAUCCCAUUAUCCGUUCACCGGUGGAGUUCAUCAUUCCGAUGAUCUGUUGUAUUUGUUUCCUUUUCCUCCUGGCGAGCCCAGUUUGAUUGGAAAAGAUCGCGAAAUGGCUCAACUCAUGGUCGACCUGUGGACAUCUUUCGCUGCUGUCGGAAUUCCAACGAGUAUUCGCAGUACCGUAGAUUGGAAACCAAUGAGUGAUUACGCCGGUCCGUAUCUGCACAUCGACGAACAGUCCCGACUUGGCACAAACUUCUACGAAGAAUUUUCAAUUGCCAGUGACGAGAGCCGCAAACCGCCCGAAGCAUGA